ACAAAACAAAGAUCGGACUCACUGGCAUGUAGCUUAUGGAGAUGUUAUGGAGAGGAUGCUCAUCCCUCGGUAUGUUUUUUGCUAACCGUGUUGUGUUCUGUGAAUUUUGAGGAGCCACAAGCUGACAAACGGAGGACCUCAGCGUUUAAUAAACUCCCUGGAGCGCGAAUCUGAGCCGCCAAUGAAGCCAAAACACGAAGAUGCGGAAGUAAAUGUGGAGGGGCUGCCGCAGGAAACCAGAGUGAACAUCGGUGCUGCCUUCCCCAGGUGGACAGCACUGAAGAGGGACAAAUGUUUCCAGACUGACGCUGAACUUGCGUGUUUUCUGCUGGACAGCUAUGAGAGAAGUGCCACACCAUCGUCUGCUAUGAAUGGAAAAUUUUCAGAUCUUCAGCAGCUGUUGCCAGUUAAAGAAGAGGUUCGCUGGAGUCCUAGUCUGGACCAGCAGGACACAGACGUUCACCACAAAAAUGAGGUACAUGAGGGAGAACAGUUUGAUGGCCUGGUUGAGGUUGAUAUCACCAGGUUUCCAAUUAGUCCUGUGAAGAGUGAAGAUGAUGAUGAGAAACCUGACUCCUUGCAGCUUCAUCAAAGGCCUCUGACCAGCUGCUCAGAUAAACAAAUGAAAGCAGAAAUUGAUGGAGAGGACUGUGGAGGACCAGAAUCAGCCACUGACCCAAACCCACAACUGAGUCCUGAUUCUCUUGAGAUGGAAGUCAGCUUUGGUGAUAAAUUACAGAAACCUGAAACUGAAGAUAGUGAUGAUGGUAGAAAGAAGAGCAGGACACUUGAGUCAGGUGAAAAUGAAGAUCUGGAAUUUAACAGUGCCAACACAUCCUUCAACUGCUCUGACUGUGGUAAACAUUUCCUUUACAGGCAAUCUCUUCAGAGACAUGUGACAAGUCAUUUGGAAAAAAGGACAAAUAAAAAAUGUUUUAAAAUGAAGCAAAAUCCAGAUUCACAGAGUGCUGGCCACACAGGCGAGAAACCAUUUCGCUGUAACGUUUGUGAAAAAACAUUUAAACAUCAGUAUAAUCUCUAUAGACAUUUGAAAAUCCACACUGGAAAGAAACCAUUUAGUUGUGGUGUUUGUAAUAAAACAUUUUCACAACUCUGGGACCUGAAAAGACACAAGAUUGUCCACACAGGAGAGAAACCCUUUAACUGUAGUAUGUGUGGCAAAAAAUUUACACAGAGGAUGCAUUUUAAGAGACAUAUGAGGGUCCACACUGGGGAGAAACCGUUUGGUUGUGAUGUUUAUGGUAAAAGAUUUAACUGUAAGAGAAACCUAAAGACACACAUGAGAAUUCACACAGGAGAGAAACCAUACAGCUGUGAUAUUUGUAAUAAAAGAUUUUCACAACCAGUAAUUUUGAAAAGGCACAGGAGCAUCCACACAGGAGUUAAGAGCCUUCGACCAGCUGAACCAAGACGUCUUAGUUUGAUGGCACUCGUGACACCAUCAGCUGCUUCAGAACUGGUGCAGACACAAGUCUUGAACAGAGUAGAUAUUCAGCAGACGUUCCUGAUUAAAGACAAGUUUCCCUCGAGCCCCUGUGUGGACCAGCAGGACUCAGACCUCUACCAGAUAAAGGCAGAACAGGAGGAACUCUUCAUCUGUCGUGAGGGAGAGCACCUUAAUGGGCUGCAGGAAACUGAUAUCACCAGGUUUCCAGUCACUGCAGUUCGAGUGAAGAGUGAAGAUGAUGAAGAGAAACCUGACUGCUCGCAACUGAAUCAAGACAACAAUGAUUCCGAGCCUCCAAGCAGCUGCUCAGACAAACAAAUAAAGUCAGAAACUGAUGGAGGGGGCUGUGGAGAGACAGACCCUGACAAAAACCAGUCUGGUCAUUUAAAACAAAAUACUGAUGGAAAAGUUUCUGACUCUUGUGAAACCGAAGUCAGUAUUGAUGAUGAUGAUGAUGAUGAUGAUUGGCAGGAGCCUUUGACAGACUCUGGACCAGAAACUGAAGUCAGUAGCAAUGGUUGGAAGGACGGCAGGGCUCUUGAUUCAGGUGUAAAGUGUAAACGGUCUCUUCAGAAACGUAUGAUCAGUAGUUCAGGGAUAAGGUCUUCAUGCUGUUUAGCUAAUAAGAAAUGCUUAAAAGUGAACCGAACUGAUUUAGAAGGAAUCCAAACAGAAGAUAAACCAUUUGGCUGUGAUACUUGUGGACAAAGAUUUAAUCAAAAUGCACAUCUAAAGACGCACAUGAGAAUCCACACAGGAGAGAAACCAUUCAGCUGUAACAUUUGUGAAAAAAUAUUUAGACAUCAAUACAACCUUAACAGACACAUGAGAGUCCACACGGGAGAGAAACCAUUUAGCUGUGGUGUUUGUGGACAAAAAUUUAACCGUAACACAAAUCUUAAGACGCACAUGCGGAUCCACACGGGGGAGAAACCAUUUGGUUGUGGUCUUUGCAGUAAAAGAUUUUCACAGCCUGGGGAUCUGAAAAGACAUAAGAGUGUCCACACAGGAGAGAAACCAUUCAAAUGUAGCAUUUGUAGUAAAAGAUUUACGCAGAGGAUUCAUUACAAAACUCACAUGAGCGUUCACACAGGAGAAAGACCAUUUGGUUGUGAUUUGUGUGGCAAAACUUUUAACAGAGAAGGAAAUCUGAAAAUCCACAAAAGAGUCCACACAGGGGAGAAACCUUUUGGUUGUGAUAUUUGUGGACAAAAAUUUAACCAAAGCACAAAUCUGAAGACACACAUGAGAGUCCACUCUGGAGAAAAACCCUUCCACUGUAGCAUUUGUGGAGAAAGAUUCACGCGAGAGGGAAGUCUGAGGAGACACAUGAGACGCCAGGGAAUGAACCAUUUGAUUGUGGUGAAAAGUUUACCUGACAGUAAUCAUAAUGUAAUUAAAUGAAUAUAUUUUAAUUUAUGUUGACAAAACAUAUAUAAUGCAAUGGUGGUUUUUCAGUAUUUCUAAUUAUGUUAUUUAUUAUAAAUCUCUAAAUUAUAUAAUAUUAAACAAUAAAACUGGGGGGAGAACUGG